AUGGAUAGAAGAAGUCUCCCAAGCGACCCACAGACACCAGUGAUAUCCCCUGGGGAUACUCAGGACCACCUGGAAAACGAUUGUGGGCUGUAUCUGCCUGAUGACUUGCCAUCGGCGAGGUUCAAUAACCUCUUGGGUUCGUUGCCUGCACUCGAGAAUGACAACACCAGGGGUCACCUCCAUAGUUGUGACUCACUGGGGCAGGAUGCCACAAUUACGGGGCCGGACCGCAGUAUCUUGUCCGGCCUGCAGGGCAGCUUCCAAAGUCACCUUUAUGAUCUAUCUGAGGAGGAUACCCCAUUCUCUGUUCAGUAUGGACCCCGCUCUUACCGUCCGGAUGCCCAAGGUGGGUCUCCUGUCGAGCCAGGUACGGUUCUAUCCUUGGAGAACCUCGAUCCCUGGGGUGCCUUCUAUGACCCUGACGCGCUAGCGCGGAAUACUGGGAUGAUGCGGCCGGACCCCAGCCUCUUCCUUGAUCCGUCAUACAGUGUCCAACACUACCUUCACAAUGCUCCUGAAGAAUAUCAGAGCGAAAUCAGCACCUCCUCAUCCCCUGUUCAAUACAGACUGCAGCCUUACCUCCCUGAUGCCGGUGGAGCGGGUCCUGCGCAACGGAGCGCUAGACCAUCUUACGGCCGAUACACCUGUCAGUUUUACUUUGAAGAUGAGGCAGCUGGCCAACAGGGAGAUCUGAUGUCCCCUGCUACCGUUCAUUCCGAUUCUGAUCGGUCCUCAUUCCCGGGUAGUACUCCAGACGCGGCCUGGAGAUUGUACUGA